CAAAUCCACAAUCUAUUAAACUAUGCAGACCCUUUAGACUGAUUCUAUUGCUGAAAAUCACUACCAAAACAUAUGGCUCUUUCGGACAACCCAAAACGUAUGGCUCUUUCAUUGACCGAAACAGCGGCACGCCUAUUUGUUACUAGAUUUCUUAGAAAUUAUAUAUCUUCUGGAUGUUUAAUCUUAUUAGAAGAGGGAGGCACAGUGUUCACCUUUGAGGGAAGCAAAAAGGAUUGUUCUCUAAAAUCCGUUCUCAAAGUUCACAGUCCUCACUUCUACUGGAAAGUAAUGACACAGGCUGAUCUAGGCAUUGCAGAUGCAUAUAUUAGUGGAGACUUUUCUUUUGAUGAUAAAGACCGAGGUCUUCUAAAUCUUUUUAUGCUUCUCAUUGCCAACGGAGAUUUUAAUGCCUCAAAAUCAAACAAGAAAAGGAGAUGGUGGCAGCCUGUGUUUUUCACAGCUACUAUAGCCACAGCCAAAUAUGUCUUCCAGCAUGCUUUAAGGAAAAAUAGUCUUACACAAGCUCGAAGGAACAUAUCUCGUCAUUAUGAUUUGAGUAAUGAUCUAUUUUCGCUGUUCUUGGGUGAAACAAUGAUGUAUUCCACUGCAAUAUUUAAGACAGAAGAUGAGGAACUGAAUACUGCACAGCUUAGGAAAAUCUCUACUCUCAUUGAUAAGGCUAGAAUCGAUGAGAACCAUGAGGUUCUAGAAAUUGGUUGUGGUUGGGGAGCCUUAGCUAUUGAAGCAGUCAAACAAACGGGUUGCAGAUACACUGGCAUCACUCUAUCUGAAGAGCAACUGAAAUUUGCUGAAAAAAAAGUGAAAGAUGCUGGACUUCAGGACCGGAUCAAGUUUCUUCUGUGUGACUACCGCCAAUUGCCUUCUGACCACAAAUAUGACAGAAUCAUAAUUUGCGAGGUGCUAGAACAUGUCGGCCAUGAAUUUGUGGAUGAGUUUUUUUCUUGCUGUGACUCUUUACUAGCAGAAAAUGGGAUUCUUGUUCUGCAGUUCAUAUCUAUACUGGAUGAACUCUAUGAUGAGUAUUGGCGAAGUCCAGGCUUCAUAAAGGAAUAUAUAUUUCCUGGUGGAUGUCUACUUUCAUUAAGUAGGUUAACAUCAGCCAUGGCUGCUUCUUCUAGACUCUGUGUGGAGCACUUGGAAAACAUUGGACAUCAUCAUUAUUACCAAACACUAAGAUGUUGGAGAAAUAAUUUUUUAGAGAGACAGAGCGAAAUACUCGCUCUUGGAUUCAAUGAAAAUUUCAUUCGGACAUGGGAAUAUUAUUUUGAUUAUUGUGCUGCUGGUUUCAAGUCAUAUACACUUAGAGAUUGCCAGAUUGUGUUUUCACGUCCUGGUAAUCCUCUCACGUUCAACAAUCCAUAGAAGGGUUUCCAUUCAGCAUAUUUGGUUAUGCACUAUAAACUACUAGGAAGAAUAAGGCGCAAAAUUAAACAAAGCUCCAUUUGAAUGAGUGAUUCUAAAUCUACAUAUCCGUUUGACAUCUGUUAUUGCUUAGAUUGCUUGCCAAAUAUGUCAAGAUUUCAAGUUUGAAUAAAAAAACAAACAAAUAAAUGGAAUUCA